UCCGGAGGCCAUCAAACCACCCCCUACCCCCCCUGAUCGGAGGCCAUCCUGGAGGCGCCUUCCUAAUUGGUACACUACCUGGCUAUUCAUCCACGGCCAGCAUGGUAGGCUAGGCAUUGACCCGAGUGUUGAUAUGUGCUGUAGUAGUGAGUAUGAAGUCUCAGACAAUGUCUUAGCUCACAAAAGCUUGUAUUUCUUGCUUGCAAAUGGCAGACCACUGGGCACACAAAAUUCGG